AGCUGAACGAUUGACAGCCAUAGUUUCGAGCGUCGUGGGUUCGUGAAUCUUUGUUGAUAGUGAUUUCCGUGCUUAUACAACGCGAUUCCGUCUUUCCUCACGGUUUGGUGCAUUCAGAACAAGCGGACCUUUUGCGUUGUUUCAAAAUUGUGACAUACUGUCGCCAGCAAUUGUUCGCGUUCCGCUGAGUGAAAGGCACUGGUUGAGCCGGUGCCGAACAACGUGUCACACUGACUGUAGAAGGAGUUCGGUGGAUAACGUACGUGUCGCUUUAUCCUGGUCGUGUGGUAAUCGGUGGGGUGAUCGGUGCCGUGUAUUUUUCAGUUCGCCUCUAGGUGAAAGGAUCGUGCCUAACGUUGGAUUGGUAAAAUUAGACACUUAACAGUGCUGAACCCGUUUGCAGGCUUACCGCACCAUGGGAAAGGCUAAGAAGGGCAAGAAGGAAGCAGCCGGUGCUGGUGUUGAGGAAAAUGUCAGCGAUAACGAAACUGUCCCCCAGACGGACAUUACGGAAGUCGAGGUGGAAAACAAGAAGAACGAUAAAAAAUCCAAAAAGGAUAAGAGAGCCAAGAAACAGGCCGUGGAUAGCGAUGACGGCGGUGAGGAAGAUGAGGUAGCCACGGUAACGGAGUCGGUUAAAAAGAUGGCUGUAACGAAGAAGAAGGAUAAGCCAUCGGCUGAAACGGAACCACGGACCGGGAACGGUUCGGAUGACGAAAAACACGGUGACAAAGGCAGCAAGGACAAGGAGGCAAAGAAGAAAAAGGCUGGCAAAUCUGGACCGGUCGGAUUUUCGCUGUUGAUGAUGGACGACGACGAUGACGACGAGGAGCAGGAGCAUGAGAAUGAAGAUCGCGAAGAAAUGGCACGUAAAAGCUCGAUGGAGGAGGAAACUGCUCCAAUCGAAAGUGGUAAAGCGAAGAAGGCAAGUGGUUCACAGAGCAAAAAGGAAACUGCCCCAAAAAUGGAGGAAGAAGAUGGCGCUACGAAGGGUGGCAAAAAGAGCAAGAAGAAGAAAAAGAAGGACGACGAUGAUGAUGAUGAGAUUGAUCGUAUGCUUGCAGAGUUGGGAAUGGAAUACUCUGGUCAAAAACCGCCACCUACAGCGGAUGAUGCUGCUGCUACGGAAGAAGCUCAGGCUCAGGCUGAGAAACCUAACAAGAAGAAGGAUAAAAAGAAAAAGAAAGAUGAAGCGAAUGUGGUCGAAGAUCAGCCGGAAGUGGACGAACCGGAAGUGAAGAGUGCGCCUGAGAAGAAAAAAGGCAAACAAAAUGUCCCCUUAAAGGAGGAACCUGUUGCAACGGAACCGGCUACAGAACCGGAGCAGAAGAAAGCAGGUAAAAAGAAGGGCAAAAAGAAUGAAUCUUCCUCGACGGCAGCGGUCGUGGAAGGACCCGUAGGAACAUCAAAAAAGAGCGAACCACCCGGUAAGGGAGACACGGCAAAGAAGACCGAAGCUGACGCCCAAGGCGGGGAAGCUUCUGGUGAAGCGAAAAAGAAAAAACCCAACAAGGCUGCACUGGCCAUAAUGCAGGAACGGUUGAAAGCUAUUCGCGAGGAGGAGGAGCGUAUGCGUAAGGAGGAAGAAGAGAAACAAAAGUUAGAAGAGCAAGCCGAAGAGUUCCGGUUGGAGCAGUUACGUCUGGAACAGGAAAAGAAGGAAAAGAAGAAGCAAAAGGAGAAAGAACGCAAGGAGCGAUUAAAGGCGGAGGGCAAGUUGCUAACGGCGAAACAGAAACAGAACCGAGCACGUGCCCAGGCAAUGUUGGAAGCGCUGAAAGCGCAGGGUCUCGCCAUUCCGGAGGGAACCGGCGAACGCCGGCCAAAGCCCGGUGCUCGCAUUCGUCCGAAGAAGAACCAAGGCGCCAACAAAGAGGAGACAGAAUCGAAAGAAUCCACGCCAACAGCGGAGGAUCUGAAGGCGCAAGAAGAACCUAAGGCCAAGGAGAAGGAAGUGAAGGAGUCCUGGGAUGUGUCUGAUAGUGAAGAGGAGGAAGAGGAGAAGAAAACAGGCGCGGAGUUGUCCCAGCAGCAAUCGGUUGAAUCAAAGGACAGUCGUGGAUCGGACGACGAAGGUGAUGAGGAUGAUAAUGAAGAUGAGGAUGAGGAAAACGAUGAUUCCGACGAUGACGACGAGGACGACGAAGAAGAUGGCUCUGAUGAUGACGAUGACGACGAUGACUCUGACACGGAAGUGGGAGAUCGUCGGCCAGAGGCGGAAAAAAUGCGCCAGCGAGCGCUGGAUCGAAUUGCGAAACGUACGCAAGAGGCCGAAAAGAAAAGGACGCUCGAUCACUUACGAGCCGCCGUCGUGUGCGUGCUGGGACACGUCGAUACGGGAAAAACGAAAAUUCUGGACAAGCUUCGUCGUACGAACGUACAGGACGGAGAAGCCGGUGGUAUUACGCAACAAAUCGGAGCCACCAACGUACCGUCGGAUAACAUAAAGGAACAAACGAAGUUUGUGAAAGGCUUCCAAGAGUUACAAUUCAAGCUGCCCGGUUUGCUGAUCAUCGAUACACCCGGGCACGAGUCGUUCAGUAACCUACGGUCUCGCGGGUCAUCGUUGUGCGAUAUCGCCAUUUUGGUGGUGGAUAUUAUGCACGGACUGGAGCCGCAAACAAUCGAGUCAAUUAAUUUGCUCAAAUCCAAGCGGACCCCGUUUGUGGUUGCGUUGAACAAGAUCGAUCGGCUGUACGACUGGAGCACGAUGCCCCGAAAGGAUGUGCGCGAUAUUUUGAAGGGCCAGGCCUCCAACACGCAGCUUGAGUUUAACCAGCGCACGAAGGAAAUCAUUGUGCAGUUCGCGGAACAGGGUCUGAAUGCGGCCCUGUUCUACGAAAAUCCCGAUCCGAAAACGUACGUUUCGCUCGUACCGACGAGCGCCAUCACCGGUGAGGGUAUGGGCAAUCUGCUGUUCCUGAUAGUGCAGUUCUGUCAGAAGCAGCUUGCCAAACGACUGAUGUACAGCGAAGACCUGCAAGCGACCGUGCUGGAGGUGAAAGCCAUUCCCGGUCUCGGCACGACAAUCGAUGCAAUUUUGAUCAACGGAAAACUGCGCGAGGGCGAUACGAUGAUCCUGGCCGGUACGGAAGGACCGAUCACGACCCAGAUCAAGGCAUUGCUCAUGCCACAACCGAUGAAGGAGCUGCGCGUGAAGAACGCGUACGUGGAACACAGAGAAAUUAUGGCGGCACAAGGUGUAAAGAUAGCGGCAAAGGAGCUGGAGAAAGCUAUCGCAGGAUUAAAUCUGCAAAUAGCUCAAAAACCCGACGAGGUGGAGAUUUUUAGGGAUAUAGUGGCUCGUGACUUAAAAUCCGCUCUUAACAGCAUUAGGCUUAGCGAUCGGGGUGUUUAUGUGCAAGCCUCUACCCUUGGAUCUCUGGAAGCACUGUUGGAGUUCUUGAGAACGUCGAAAAUUCCGUACUCCGGCAUUCGAAUCGGUCCAGUUGUUAAGCGUGACGUUAUGAAGGCAUCUACAAUGUUGGAGCAUGAAAAUCAGUAUGCUACCAUAUUAGCGUUCGAUGUGAAAGUGGAGCGAGACGCGCAGGACCUGGCGGACAACUUGGGCGUCAAGGUGUUCCAGGCGGAUAUCAUUUAUCAUCUGUUUGAUAAGUUCAUGGCGUAUCGGGACGAAAUCAAACAGCGGAAGCGUGACGAAUUUAAAUCGAUUGCCGUGUUUCCAUGCAAACUAAAGAUUCUACCCCAGUUUGUGUUUAAUUCACGUGACCCAAUCGUGAUGGGCGUGAUUGUGGAGGCCGGUAUCGUUAAGGAGGGUACACCAAUUACAGUGCCUAGCAAAGAGUUUACAGAUCUUGGCGUUGUAACGUCCAUCGAAGCGAACCAUAAACAAAUCGAAAGUGCUCGAAAGGGACAGGAGGUGUGCAUCAAAAUCGAGCCCAUACCGGGAGAAACACCGAAGAUGUAUGGCCGUCACUUUGAAGAAACCGACAUGUUAGUUAGUAAGAUUUCCCGUCAAAGUAUCGAUGCGUGCAAGGACUACUUCCGGGACGAUCUGUUGAAAUCCGACUGGACGCUUAUGGUGGAACUGAAGAAGACCUUCCAGAUAUUGUAGAUUGGUUUUUCGUCGCGGGCUGUUUUUUUUUGUGAUGUUCAUUUUUGUUUUUCAUGAUUUUAUUUUUGUACGUCAAAUUUGUUUCUAUCGUCUUCAUCGGCGCCCCAUUUUGUGUUCCAAAUCCCUUUCUGUUCAUCAUGAUGCACACGGUUGCAAAUUUACGAUUUAAAACAAAAACACAAGUCAUUACACUGUUUAACGCUACUAGUCCCUUUUUAGUGUUUACUCCUGUCGAAUAUAUUUUAAUAACUGUUUCAAUGUUUGCAUUCAAGCCAACUUUAAGUUGAAAAAUUGUUUGUAAUUUUAAUUGUCCCAAAUUACUUUUUGAUUUACACUUCUUCCUGGAUAAAUCGAUUGCCAAUACAAAGCAGCUCCAAUACUUCAAUAAUCCCAUCAGCAAUUAAUGCCGAUUGCAAUAAGAAAAAAUUCUGUGUGAGAUCGUUCACUCUUCUACUGCCUGUUGGAUGUGUAUGGCAGCUAAGUUGUGGAAUCACAAUGCGUGUAUGCCCAAACGGACGGUUAAUUUUUCAAAACAAACUAAACGGACAGCAAAAUAUUGUCACUGAAAAGCGAAAUGCAUCAUAACUUAUGAACUUUGUUUGCCGUUGGAAGGUUUUUACACAGCGCAAGGUCCACCCGUUUGCAAAGCAUAUAAAGUCGAGUAAAUUUAUAUCAGCGGCACAUGUGUCAUUUUGA